UCUUGGUCAAGACAGAUGAUUCGUUGACUCAAACAGCUGGAAAGAUUCACAAAUUGACUGAUAAACACUGACCAGCGAAUCUCAAUAUCAAGAACAAAUUACUGAAUGAGAAAGGACAGGAUCUUUGUCAUUAACUGAUUCAUUCAACCAGAAGGAUUCACUGAUUCAGUUACUGACCUGCUGAAAAAGAGAGAGAGAGAGUGAAUCUUGCAGAAAAGCGACUCACUGUUGUGGCAGAAAGAGUCAGUGCCUUGAGGAAUGGGAGAAAAUAAUCACAGUCAUGACAGAGAGAUUGAGUGAUUUGUUCAAACACUCAGCUGCUAAGAGUGACAGAGCAGCGAAUGACUGGAAGGAAUGAGGAGCACACAAGCCACAUGACUGUGUGGUCAUUUAGACACAAGGCUACUAAUCUACAGGGUCACUCCUGGUGGCAAGAGCUGCAGGGUUUAUUGCCCCUCUGUCACCCCACACUCCAACAGAGCUUCUUAAAGCAGCUGAACAUUACCUCUGGAUCAGGAUAUUCUCCCCAGUUUGUCAUUACUGGAUUUCUCUCCACCCAUUCUGCCUAUCAGAAAUAUAUACUCCUUACAUUUACCCAAAGCUCUGAAAGUAUUUGUGAAAGCAUGCACAAAACCCUAGCCCGAGUGAAGUCUCCAUGGUGGGCCAGAAGAGUCGGACACGUAGUCGGCUCUGUGCUUCAGAUCCACCGAGCAAGUGGUGCAUUAUGUCAGGAGGCAGUGAUGAAGAACCUGCGAGUCCAGAUGCCUUCAUGCAAUUUCACACCUGAGACAUUCCAGGGGAUGAGUAAGGAGCGGAUGCUGGAGAUCAGGAAGCUGAACUGUAAUCCCAUGACCAUGAAGGUGACCUACUACAAGAAGCCAGUUUUUAUCCAUCAUGGUUUCAUGCAGUGGCUGUGGGAUGUGGAUGGGUCACGCUAUCUGGACAUGUUCGCCGGAGUCGCUACGGUCAGCGUGGGACACUGCCAUCCGAAAGUGACGAAAACAGCACAGGAGCAGCUGCAGCGUCUCUGGCACACCACAGCCAUUUAUGUUUAUCCUCAGAUCCAGGAAUAUGCCGAGAAACUCAUCUCACAUCUGCCCGAACCUCUUAAAGUAGUGUAUUUGACUAACAGUGGCUCUGAGGCCAAUGAUCUGGCCUUGCUGAUGGCCAGAUUACACACCGGAAACUUUGAUGCCAUCACUCUGAGAGGCUCUUAUCAUGGCGGAAGUCCACUAGCCAUGGGUCUGACCUCAAACACACUGUAUAAAUACCCAGUGCCCUCCAGCAUGGGCUGCUAUAAUACCAUGUGUCCGGAUGUGUUCAGGGGCCUGUGGGGAGGGAGUCACUGCAGAGAUUCACCUGUCCAGACCAUCAGAGAGUGCACCUGCUCUGCUGAUCAGUGUCACGCUAAAGAGUGCUACAUCCAGCAGCUGGAGGAAGUCUUCAGUACGACCAUUCCCAAUCGCAUCGCCGCCUUCUUCACCGAACCCAUUCAGGGAUUAGGGGGAACCGUCCAGUACCCCAAGAACUUCCUGAAAGACGCCUACAAGCUCGUGAGAGAGAAAGGCGGAGUCUGUAUAGCCGAUGAGGUUCAGACCGGUUUCGGACGCACGGGAAAUCACUUCUGGGGUUUUCAGACCCAUGACGUAGUUCCAGACAUCGUGACCAUGGCUAAAGGGAUCGCUAACGGGUUUCCAAUGGGGGCCGUGGUCACGAGCGAGGAAAUCGCUCGUUCCUUCGCUAAAGGACUCCACUUCAACACGUUCGGAGGAAACCCUCUGGCCUGCAGCAUCGGCUCGGCUGUGCUGGACACGAUUAAAGAGGAGCGGAUACAAGAGAACUGUGCUGUAGUGGGAACACAUCUGCUGAAGGAACUCGCCAAGCUACGAGAUAAGUACGAGAUCGUCGGAGAUGUUCGAGGAAAAGGACUGCACAUCGGUGUGGAGAUGGUCACAGACAAAGCGAGUCGAGAUCCUCUUCCUCCCGAGGCCAUGGCUCAGAUAAUGGAGGACACUAAGGACAUGGGCGUGCUGAUCGGCAAAGGAGGGCUUUACGGACAGACGUUCCGGAUCCAGCCGCCGAUGUGCAUCACUAAAGAAGAUGCCGAUUUCUCCGUCGCCGUGUUUGAUCAGGCGCUGCACAACUACACAGAGAGGAGAUGAGUGAAGAACAGUUGCAGCACAUCAGCAGCACAGUGCCGAGCCGGACAGAACAGAUCUGUUCCAAUCCAGUCCUUAAAACGGAUAGAUCUGCACGGUUCCCAAUCAACCCUUAACUCACUUUCCUCUUCUCCUACAAAGGACCAAUCAGCACUCAGUCAGGCUGUUUCAAAUCAAACACAACAGCAGACAGGUUCUGCUCCAAAUCAAACCCUAACAAUUAUAGAUGACGGGUCACACUCAGUUGGACUGCGUUUCAAAUAAAACAGGACGGCACAGACAGGUUCUGCUCCAAAUCAAACCCUAACCUCUAUAGAUGGCCCCUCAUGCUUAUUCGGGCUGUGUUUCAAAUCAGACAUGACAGCACAGGCUUACAGACUGGUUCUGUUCCAAAUCAAACCCUAACCUCUACAGAUGAUCACUCAUGCUCAGUCAGGCUGUGUUUCAAAUCAAACACAACAGCACAGAAUUCAAUUGAAUCAGUUGACUCAUAUGAUUCAUUUGACUCAUUUGAAUCAGAACCUAAACCCAGACCUUCAGCACCUUCAGCAAGUAUUUAACACCAGGAUUAAUAAAUAAAAAUAAAACUAAGUAAAUAAAAAAAGUUAACUUCAAUCAGAAGAUUUUAAAAAAUGAAAAUAAAUAAAAUUUAUAAAUAAAACAGUUUUUAUUGUUGUCAUGUUUUGGAAAUCUUUAAAUAUUCUCCACUGUCUGAAAAUAAUCUCUUUCACGUCGUCACAACAUGUUUUGGAAUGACACACACACACGCACCAGACAUUAGAGUUCAUGCCUCAGGUGCUAAACAUCUGCAUCAUAAACACACACUUUACACUCAACAUGUCUGUGUGUGUGUGUAUGUGUCUGUGUGUGCUGUCACAUACACCUGGUGUUUGUGUGUUGUAUGAAACAGAGCAUUGAAAUUUCCCAGAUCGGUGAUAAAUUCCGUGAAGAAGCUGAACUCGGGUGGAAUUUCCCUGAAAAUCUGGAACAGUGAGUUUGUUACACGAACGUCCAACAAACGCAUGAAUUUCAUCAACACACACACACACACACAAGCUGAGUGUGAGAGGUCAGUGUGAGAGGCCAGCGUGAAAAUCCGUCAUAAACACGGACAUAAAUAUAUAAAGAUCCAAAAAAAUCUGAAAUCCUUUUAUAGGAAUCAUGUGAUGUCAAAUCUUGAUAGAGCUGUAUAUAUCUGUAGCAUAGACAUGCCAACUACACACACACACACAUCAUACAUACACACACAUUGUACACACAUCAUAUAUACAUGUACAUCAUACACACAUCAUAUAUACACACAUCAUAUAUACACACAUAAUAUACACAUCAUAUAUACACACACAUAAUACAUACAUCUUAUAUACACACAUCAUACACACAUCAUAUAUACACACAUAAUACACACAUACACGCAUCAUACACACACACAAUACAUACAUCAUAUAUACACACACAAUACACACAUCAUAUAUACACACACAUUGUACACACAUCAUAUAUACAUGUACAUCAUACACACAUCAUAUAUACACACACAAUACAUACAUCAUAUACACACACACAAUACAUACAUCAUAUACACACACACAAUACAUACAUCAUAUAUACACACACAAUACAUACAUCAUAUACACACACACAAUACAUACAUCAUAUAUACACACACAAUACAUACAUCAUAUAUACACACAUAAUACACACAUCAUAUAUACACACACAUUGUACACACAUCAUAUAUACAUGUACAUCAUACACACAUCAUAUAUACACACACAAUACAUACAUCAUAUAUACACACAUAUACACACAUAUAUACACACAUCAUAUAUACAUGUACAUCAUACACACAUCAUAUAUACACACACAUAAUACAUACAUCAUAUAUACACACAUAUAUACACACAUCAUAUAUACACACAUAUAUACACACAUCAUAUAUACACACACAUAAUACAUACAUCAUAUAUACACACACAUAAUACACACAUAUAUACACGCAUCGUAUACACACAUAUAAUACACACAUAUAUACAUGCAUCGUAUACACACAUAUAAUACACACAUCAUAUAUACACACAUAAUAUACACAUCAUAUAUACACACACAUAAUACAUACAUCAUAUAUACACACACAUAAUACACACAUAUAUACACGCAUCGUAUACACACAUAUAAUACAUACAUCAUAUAUACACACAUCAUAUAUACACAUAUCAUACACACAUCAUAUAUACACACAUCAUAUAUACACACACAUUGUACACACAUCAUAUAUACACGUACAUCAUACACAUCAUAUAUACACACAUCAUACACACAUCAUAUAUACACACACAAUACAUACAUCAUAUAUACACACACA